UAUUUGGACUAUGCGAAUGGGUGAAGUGUUAUUUAUUUUUAUAUUUUGACUCAUUUUCGCUAUUUUAACGCGUUGUGCUUGAUAACUAUUAUAGUGAUUCCGUGAGAUUGUGUAAUAAGCAUUGUAUAUUUUAAAUAGUGGUUGGUGCAAAAUCUUAUUCAAAAUGGGUUCGGCUCCUAGCGAUUGGCAGCUUGGGUGUAUGGAGAUGAAACAGAGGGGAGCUCAUCUUUUGCAAUCUGGACAAUGGUCAGAUUGCACGUUUUUAGUGGGCACGGAGCCGCACCAAGUCGUGGUCAGUGGCCACAAACUGAUUUUAGCCAUGGCGUCUCCAGUUUUCGAAGCGAUGUUCUACGGCGGAAUGGCGGAGAGAAAUGACCCUAUACCCAUCUUAGAUGUACAACCUGAAGCAUUUAAAGCUCUUCUAGAAUACAUCUACACAGAUAACAUAAACAUAUGUUCAUUUGACAAAGCAUGUGAGCUCUGCUAUGGUGCAAAAAAAUACAUGUUACCGCAUUUAGUGAAGGAAUGUACUCGAUACCUGUGGUCAGAUCUCUACCCGCGAAAUGCAUGUAGAGCAUAUGAGUUUGCCAGGUUAUUUGAAGAGAAUGUUCUCAUGGAAAAAUGUUUACAGAUAAUCAGUACAAACACCAAAGAAGUUUUAAAUGACAGCAGCUUCCUAGAAGUUGAACUGAACACGGUGAUCACUGUGUUUUCCUUAGACCAUUUGAACGUUGACAGUGAGUUAGAUCUAUUUGAGGCUGCGGUUCGAUAUGCCAAGGGGCAUGAUAAGAGGAACUUGGAGAGGAGUGUGAGCCCCGUAGUGGACCAACGGCCUAGUCCUGGCCCUUCUACUUCAAAAGAUAAGGUGGUAAACAUAGAAAGCAGUGCCGAGAAUAGCCCGGUUGGCGCAGAAGGGUGCGCGAGCGCAGCGGAUGUGGGCCCGGCAGGUGACGCGCCUGUUACUACAGCUGAGAACCAACAGACACCGGACAAGGGAGAUGUAAAAGAAAAAUCAAAGAUUCGCAGUAUAAUCGAGAAUAUACGGUUUUUGACCCUAACGGCGCAGCAGUUCGCCGAAGGCCCUGCGCGGUCUUCCUUACUCUCAGAGACCGAGGCUUUCGCCGUCCUUAUGAACAUACUGUCCAGCAACUCCGCUGUGCCUAUGCCUAAUGGAUUCUCGACAAACCGAGUGCCAAGGAAGCAGCUCAUCGGCGGCGGAGCCCAGGGAUCAUCCAAUAUGCCGACGUUUACGGUUGAUACGCCGAGUCCUGUGGGCGGAGAGACAGCGUGCCCGAUGGAGCGGAUGGACCGGCUGGAACGACUGGAGCGGCCCGCCAACCCGCAUAAUCCUGCGCUGGCGCUGCCGGCCAUCUCGCACCCACACCACGCCUGCCCGCUCUCCUAUCCGCGCCCCUCUCGCUUCGACGGCAUGAGACUGCAUUCAGCAGUUCACGUUCCAGUGUCAGGCAUCAUGGGAGAGUUCAACAAGAUCUACUGCCAACGAGCCAUCUUGCAGCAAACUGACUGCCUCAACACCAGUGUGCUGGAUUGCUCUGUCACUUUUAUGGUGGAUAAGAACAUAUGUCUACUCGGAGUCCAGGUGCCGACGCAGGCGCCCAGCGAGGAGAGCGCGGUGCAGGGGCUGAACAGCGCGGUGCUGGGCGGCCCCACCGGCUACUCCGAGCUUCUGUACGCGCACCUGCUGGACGCCGACGGCGCCAGACUCACCUACACGCACUACACCAGCCGCGUGCCCUACCGCCACCUGCUCGACAUCAUGUUCAACAGGCCCGUCUACAUACAGCGGAACAAGGUAUACAAAGUGGGCAUAGUGUUCAACAAGAUGGGGUGGUACCCUCUGGGCACAUGUGCUCAGCAGGUAGCUGCAGAGUCGGUCUUCUUCAACUUCGGCAUCGGCCAGAGCUCAGACUCUGUCCGCGACGGGCUCAUACGCUCCAUCAUAUUCUCCUAUUGAGUUUACGCCAAACCGUUAAGGCUUCGCCACACAGGAUUCGGAUCGACACCAGGAGCGAUUCGGGCGCGGCGUAAGUCGAAUAGUUUUCCACGGGAGACAAAACAACGACGCUAAAAUAUCGCUCUUAAAAGUCUAUAUUACAUCGCUUUUCGUGUGGUGAAGCACUUAACGAUUGUGCUUCACACUGUAGUGAUAAUAGAUUUUUAUUAAUACUAACUUUCGAAAAAAAGGACCUAUUUGAACGCAACAGCGUCGCACUGUGAGAGUGCAACUUUAUUUCGCUGGCCAAAACACGACAAUUACGGCAAAUACUCCUUUUUUUGGAGAGGCAUAUCCAGCAGUUUACUAUAUUCCAGUUAAAAUAAGGUUUUAAUGUCGUAAAACAUACUUCAAAUAUUUUAAAUUAAAUAUAAAGUUACCGCGUUGUCGAAAUUUCCUAUGUAUUUUUGUUAAGAUCUUCUAAGAUCUAAAAUCUCUCACUAGACAUCACUAGCGGCUCAAAUCCAGUACAAGGAUCUGUGACAAAAACACAUAGGAGAAUUUCGACAACCCAGUAACUUAACCCGUAGCUCAGUUGGUAAGAGCAAUCUGUAAAAGGCGUCUGUGUUUCCCCGGAAAAAAAACAUGCUCAGUUUAUAUUGCAGCGGAACGGAAUGGAUGUGAAUUUUUGUAACGAAAUUGUACAUAGCAUAACAAUCUUUAUUCCGCGAAAAAUUUUGGCUCGUAUUGAGUUUGUACGUUACACAAUUGACCAUAAAGUUCAUUAUGCUAUGUCUGUCUGUCUGUAUGUAUGUACUAUGUCGUUACAAAAAUUAGCUUCCAUUCCGUUCCGCCGCAAUAUAAAUUGAGCUUAAUUGUUUUUUUUUUCAGGGAAACACAAACGCCGUAGUGUAUUUCAUCCAUUAUUAUUCAUUCAUCAUUAGUAUUAGUCAUUAAUCCAUAAUUUAUUAAAUGAGAAUGGGUGGUAUAUCCACGACAGAAGGAUGGAAUGUUCUAGAUGUUCUUGUUUUGAAACUUCGAUUUCAUAUAACAGGGUUAUUUAUAAAAUACAGACUAUAUUACUAACGUCUCAUAAACAAGCAACUUUAGCUCCAUGACUUUUUUCAAAAAUUUCAGUAAAAAUUUAACAAAAAUAAAUUGUCCAGUUUUUGUUGUACUAUGUCGUCGCCUUACUUUCUCAAACUCGUACCUUAAAUUACAAAGUUACUGAAAUGCAAAAAAUUGUAUAUACUAAUUUUGCAGGCAUCACAAGUAGCGUAGAGUUAAAUUUAAAGCUUGGCGUGGUAUCGACCCUGUACGAAUGGUCUAUUAUGAAAAGCUUACACGGUUGCAGAAGACAUACAUGAUUGCUUUAGGGUAGAAAUGCCAAAUACGAUAUAAUAAUUAUCAAAUAAUAUAAUAUAAUUGUCAAAGUAGUAUUUGUCAUUAUGCAGGCUGUAUAUUUGAAAGAGGGACAU